GCAGAAGCAAAACACAAACUACACUGUAUAGGCCUACGGCAAAACAUUUUAAACUAUUUGAACUUAAUUCGACUGAAAUGACAACAUGUCGGUGAAUAGUACCCGUUCGAGAGUCGAUUUGAAGGCUUGGAUCACCCGUGCAAUAUGGAUUGUCAGGUUUUUCACUCUUGUGGUUUUCUUGGACCUUGCUGGGAUUGUCACCGGUAGUAUCAUACUCUUCGGGUGUUCUGAAACUCCAAGUGGUUGUGCUACGAUAUACUGCAAUGGAACUAACCAUACUCGGAGCUGUUCACCUAUACGUGAACCUGUGCCAGUUUAUCAUAACACGGAUGAUAAUAUGCCAUCAGUUUUGAAACGGGUUUGUAACUUACAAGAGCCUCCGACAGUGCCAACAAGUGAUCCUACAACAGAUCCUGCGACAGAUCCCACAACAGAACUGACCACAGAACUAACAACAGAUCAUACAACAGACCCUACAACUGAUCCCACGACAGAUCCCACAAUAGAUCCUACUACAUAUCCUAGAACAGAUCCUUCUCUUACCGAUCACACAACAGUUCCUACAACAGAUGCAACAACAGAACCCACAACAAAUCAUUCAACAGAAUCCACAACAGGUCCUUCUACGUAUCCUACAACAGAUCAUACACAAGAACCUACAACAAAACUAACAACAGAUCCUACAACAGAUCCAGCUUCAGAUCCCACAACAAACCCAACAGCAGUUCCUACAACAGAUCAUACCACAGAGCUGACCACAGAUCUAACAUCAGAUCAUACUACAUAUCCCAAAUCAGGACCUUCACUAGAUCCAACCACAGAACCCACAACAAAUCCUACAACAGACCCUACAACAGAGCUGACCACAUAUCUAACAUCAGACCCUACUACAUAUCUCACAACAGUUCCUACAACAGAACUUACAACGAACCCUACAACAGAUUAUACAACGGAACUGACCACAGGUCUAACAACAGAUUCUACAACAGGUCAUACAACAGAACCAACAACAGAUUCUACAACACAUCCUUCAACAGAACGUACAACAGAUCUUACAACACAUCCUACCGCAGAACCAACAACAGAACCUAAAACAGAUCCAACCACAGAAUCUACUACAGAUCCUACUACAGAUCCUACAACAGAACCCACAACACAUCCUACUACAUAUUAUCAUACAACAAAACUAACAACAGAUCCUACUACCGAUCCAACAACAGUUCCUACAACAGAUUCUACAACAGAUCCUUCAACAGAACCCACAACAGAACCUACAACAGAACUGACCACAGACCCAAUAGGUCCCACAACAGUUCCUACAACAGAUCAAACAACACAUCCUACAACAAAUCCUAGAACAGAUCCGUCUACAGAACCAACAAUCAAACCCACAACAUAUCCUACAACAGAACCUAAAACAGAUCCAACCACAGAAUCUACUACAGAUCCUACUACAGAUCCUACAACAGAACCCACAACACAUCCUACUACAUAUUAUCAUACAACAAAACUAACAACAGAUCCUACUACCGAUCCAACAACAGUUCCUACAACAGAUUCUACAACAGAUCCUACAACAGAACCCACAACAGAACCUACAACAGAACUGACCACAGACCCAAUAGGUCCCACAACAGUUCCUACAACAGAUCAAACAACACAUCCUACAACAAAUCCUAGAACAGAUCCUUCUACAGAACCAACAAUCAAACCCACAACAUAUCCUACAAUAGAUCCUACAACAGAUCCUAAAACAGAUCCGACUACAUUUCUCACAACAUAUCUUACAACAGAACCUACAGCUGAACCUACGACGAUCAAAGAAGAUAACAAUGUGGACCCAGCUGCAUUUGCAGGUAUAGCCGCUGGUAUUGCAGCAGUUGCCGUAGUAACGACUGCAGCUAUAGCUGGUGUUGUCGUUAUGAAAGAGGCCUCGUCAGUAAUAGCAAACAACGCCCAAGCCUCUCAGAAUCUGAAUUUUUCAAAUCAUCCAGCAUCACAAGGUUUCCAACCAAACCAUGACAUGUACAACCCACAUUUAUGGAUGAAGAACCAUGGGCCGUAACCAAUGGCCGUGUUACCCACACCGCGGUCAAACAUCCCCCGAGUAAAACCGCGGCGUUCAAACGACGACAAUCACCGCGUGGUGUGGAGGUUGGAGCAAUGAGUGACGGUGUGUACCUACUCACUUCGGUACUGCAUUCACACUAUUCAAACAGGAUGUAUAUCACUGCUUAAGCACCAAAAGUAGCUAACCACCAACUAUAAAUAAUGCUUACAAGAAUGUGUUACCAGCCAACAUACUAUGUCAGAUGUACAAGCUGUGUUUGAGUCGUCCUGCCCUUUUUUUUUUUUUUACUUAGCAGAACAAUUUUAAGCAAUGUUUUAUGCUUAUGGGAAGCUCAAUGAAGUCGGGCUCUGACGUCGCUUCUAAAUUCUAAGUGUGAUAUGGAACAUCGAUGUCAUGCAUUCCUCUGAUUUUACUUAAAGGAACACGUUGCCUUGGAUCGGACGAGUUGGUCUAUAAAAAGUGUGAUAUGGAUAUAAUGA